AUGCUUCCAGCAAGCCCCAAGAUAAUAGUGCUCCUGGGCACUCUGCUCGCUAGACUCCUGGGUCCAGCAGGUGGCCAGGAUGCACCCUCACUGCCCUGGGAAGUGCAGCGCUAUGAUGGCUGGUUUAACAAUCUCAAGUACCACCGGCGCGGUGCUGCUGGCUCGCGCCUGCAGCGCCUAGCACCUGCGAAUUACGCUGACGGCGUUUAUCAGGCUCUGGAGGAGCCAUUGCUGCCCAACCCUCGGCGACUAAGCGAUGCUGUCACUCAAGGAAGAGCCGGGCUGGCGUCCGUCCACAACCGCACAGUGCUGGGGGUCUUCUUUGGCUACCAUGUGCUCUCGGACCUGGUGAGUGUGGAAACGCCAGGCUGCCCUGCAGAGUUUCUCAACAUUUACAUCCCUCCUGGGGACCCCGUGUUCGACCCUGACAAGCGCGGGAACGUGGUGCUGCCCUUUCAGAGGAGCCGCUGGGACCACAAGACUGGACAGAGCCCCAGCAACCCCCGGGACCUGACCAACCAGGUGACUGGCUGGCUGGAUGGCAGUGCCAUCUAUGGCUCCUCUCACUCCUGGAGCGAUGCGCUGAGGAGCUUCUCAGGAGGACAGCUGGCCUCAGGGCCUGACCCCGCAUUCCCACGAGAGUCCCAGGACCAACUGCUCAUGUGGAUGGCACCGGACCCCGCCACAGGGCAAGGAGGGCCUCAGGGGAUGUAUGCCUUCGGGGCCCCGCAUGGGAACAGGGAGCCCUUCCUGCAGGCGCUGGGACUGCUGUGGUUUCGCUACCAUAACCUGUGUGCCAGAAAGCUGGCACAGGAGCACCCACAUUGGGGGGAUGAGGAGCUGUUCCAGCAUGCACGCAAGAGGGUCAUUGCCACCUACCAGAACAUUGCUCUAUACCAAUGGUUGCCCAGCUUCCUGCAGAAAACACCCCCAGAGUACUCAGGGUAUUGCCCUUUCAUGGACCCCAGCAUCUCCCUGGAGUUUGUGGUGGCCUCUGAACAGUUCUUCUCCACCAUGGUGCCCCCUGGGGUCUACAUGAGAAACUCCAGCUGUCAUUUCCGGAAAUUCCCGAAGGAAGGUUCUGGCAGCACUCCAGCUCUCAGGGUCUGCAACAGCUACUGGAUUCGGGAGAACCCCAAUCUGAAGAGUGCCCAGGAGGUGGAUCAGCUGCUGCUGGGAAUGGCCUCCCAGAUUUCAGAGCUGGAGGACAGGAUAGUGGUUGAAGACCUGAGAGAUUACUGGCCUGGCCCAGACAGAUUCUCUCGCACAGACUAUGUGGCUAGCAGUAUUCAACGUGGCCGAGACAUGGGGCUUCCCAGCUAUAGGCAGGCUCUGCUGGCCUUGGGACUGGAGCCUCCGAAGAACUGGAGUGCUCUCAACCCCAAAGUAGAACCUCAGGUGCUGGAGGCCACAGCUGCUCUGUACAACCAGGACCUGUCCCAGCUGGAACUACUCCUGGGUGGACUCCUAGAGAGCCACGGGGACCCUGGACCUCUGUUCAGCAACAUCAUUCUUGACCAGUUUGUGAGGCUACGGGAUGGGGACCGUUACUGGUUCGAGAACACUAGGAAUGGGCUGUUCUCCAAGGAGGAGAUUGCAGAAAUCAGAAACACCACCUUGCGGGAUGUGCUUGUAGCUGUCUCCAUGGUGGACCCCAGCACCUUGCAGCCCAAUGUUUUCUUCUGGCAGGAAGGUGCACCCUGCCCCCAGCCUCAGCAACUCACGACAGAAGGCUUGCCCGAGUGUGUGCCGCUUACUGUGAUCGAUUACUUUGAGGGCAGUGGUGCUGGUUAUGGCAUCAUCAUUGUGGUUCUCUGCUGCUUUCCCUUAGUGAGUCUGGUUGUCGCUGGGGUGGUGGCUCAUUUCCGGAACCAAGAGCGCAAGAAACUACAAAAGAAAGGCAAAGAGAGUCUGAAGAAGGAGACAGACAGUGAUGGAGUGGCAGUGAUGGAGUGGCCAGGCCCCAAGGAGAGGAGCUAUCCUGUCACCAUCCAGCUGUUCCCAGACAGGUGUCUGCAGGUCCUUGACAAACGUCUCACCGUGCUCCGUACCAUCCAGCUGCAGACCCCACAGCAGGUCAGCCUCAUCCUGUCCAAUAACCGAGGACGCCGCACCCUGCUGCUGAAGAUCCCCAAGGAGUAUGACCUGGUGCUGCUGUUUAACUCCGAAGAGGAGCGGGGUGCCUUUGUGCAGCAGCUGCAAAACCUCUGUGUCUGCUGGGCUCCGGGUCUCCACAUAGCUGAGAUGGACGAGAAGGAGCUAUUUAGGAAGGCUGUGACCAAGCAGCAGCGGGCAGGCAUCUUGGAGAUCUUCUUCAGACACCUUUUUGCUCAGGUGCUGGACAUCAGUCAGGCAGAUGCAGGGACUCUGCCCCUGGACUCAUCCCAGCAAGUCCGUGAGGCCCUGACCUGUGAACUGAGCAGAGCCGAGUUUGCGGAGUCCCUGGGCCUCAAGCCCCAGGACAUGUUUGUGGAGUCCAUGUUUUCCCUGGCUGACAAGGAUGGCAAUGGCUACCUAUCCUUCCGGGAGUUCCUGGACAUCCUUGUGGUCUUCAUGAAAGGUUCCCCAGAGGAUAAGUCCCACCUGAUGUUUACCAUGUAUGACCUGGAUGCAAAUGGCUUCCUCUCCAAGGAUGAAUUCUUCACCAUGAUGCGGUCCUUCAUUGAGAUCUCCAACAACUGCCUGUCCAAGGACCAGCUGGCUGAGGUGGUGGAGUCCAUGUUCCAGGAGUCGGGCUUCCAGGACAAGGAAGAGCUGACCUGGGAAGACUUCCACUUCAUGCUGCGGGACCAUGACAGUGAUCUCCGAUUCACGCAGCUCUGUGUCAAAGGUGAGGCUGGAGGUGUUGGGGACAUCUUCAAACAAAGCAGCAGCAGUAGAGUCUCAUUCAUCACCCGGACUCCUGGGAACCGCUCCUGCCCCCGGGAACAGGUGUUCCCUUACUCAGAAACCUCAGAGCUGGGAAACACCGGUCUAAAGAAGAGGAUGGGCAAAAAGGCAGUGGGGCCCUCUCCCCGGCUGUACACGGAGGCCCUGCAGGAGAAGAUGCAGCGAGGCUUCCUGGCCCAGAAGCUACAGCAGUUCAAGAGAUUCAUCGAGAACUACCGGCGCCACAUCAUGUGCGUCACAAUCUUCUCAGCCAUCUGCAUGGGCCUGUUUGCAGACCGUGCCUACUACUAUGGCUUUGCCUCACCACCCACGGACAUUGAAGAGACCACCUAUGUGGGCAUCAUUCUGUCCCGGGGCACGGCGGCCAGCAUCUCCUUCAUGUUUUCCUACAUCCUGCUCACCAUGUGUCGCAACCUCAUCACCUUCUUGCGGGAGACCUUCCUCAACCGCUACAUUCCCUUCGACGCCGCUGUGGACUUCCAUCGCUGGAUUGCUAUGGCUGCAGUCAUCCUGGCUGUUCUGCACACCGUUGGCCAUGUGGUCAAUGUGUACAUCUUCUCAAUCAGUCCCCUCAGCCUCAUGACCUGCGUCUUUCCUAACGUCUUCGUGAAUGAUGGGUCCAAGCUUCCACCAAAGUACUACUGGUGGUUCUUUGAGACAGUUCCAGGUAUGUCGGGAGUCCUCCUGCUCCUGGUCCUGGCCAUCAUGUAUGUCUUUGCCUCCCACCACUUCCGACGCCACAGUUUCCGGGGCUUCUGGCUGACCCACCACCUCUAUGUUGUGCUCUAUGCCCUGCUUAUCAUCCAUGGCAGCUAUUCCCUCAUCCAACUGCCCAGUUUCCACCUCUACUUCCUGGUCCCGGCAAUUAUCUACGGAGGGGACAAGCUGGUGAGCCUGAGCCGGAAGAAGGUGGAGAUCAGCGUGGUGAAGGCUCAGCUGCUGCCCUCAGGAGUGACCCACCUGCAGUUCCAGCGACCCCAGGCUUUUGAGUACAAAUCAGGGCAGUGGGUGCGGAUCGCCUGCCUGGGUCUGGGGACCAAUGAGUACCACCCCUUCACGCUGACCUCUGCGCCCCAUGAGGACACACUCAGCCUGCACAUCCGGGCUGUGGGACCCUGGACUACUCGUCUCAGGGAGAUCUACUCAACCCCAGUGGCCAAAUACCCAAAGCUGUACCUUGAUGGACCUUUUGGAGAAGGCCACCAGGAGUGGCAUAAGUUUGAGGUGUCAGUACUGGUAGGAGGGGGCAUUGGAGUCACCCCCUUUGCCUCCAUCCUUAAAGACCUGGUCUUCAAAUCAUCCUUGGGCAGCCACAUGCUCUGUAAGAAGAUCUACUUCAUUUGGGUGACAAGGACUCAGCGGCAGUUUGAGUGGCUGGCUGACAUCAUCCGGGAGGUGGAGGAGAAUGACCACCAGGACCUGGUAUCCGUGCACAUCUACAUCACCCAGCUGGCCGAGAAGUUUGACCUCAGGACCACCAUGCUGUACAUCUGUGAGCGGCACUUCCAGAAGGUGCUGAACCGGAGUCUGUUCACGGGCCUGCGCUCUGUCACCCACUUUGGCCGCCCUCCCUUUGAGCCGUUCUUCAACUCUCUGCAGGAAGUCCACCCCCAGGUUCGUAAGAUUGGAGUCUUCAGCUGUGGUCCUCCAGGGAUGACCAAGAAUGUGGAGAAGUCUUGCCAACUAAUCAAUAUGCAGGACCGGGCCCUCUUUGUGCAUCAUUACGAGAACUUCUGA